AGAACAGUAACGUUCACUGCGCAAGCGCGACGAUGACGCUCGCCCCUAACAACAACAAACAAACGCCCCUUGGUAACCGGCCCGUGAAGCAGAAUUAACGGAAAAGUCCCGCAUGCGCAGUUACACCAGAGAGAAGCUAACGUUGAUGCUAAAGUAGAGACAGAAAGGAAAAAGGAACCAUCAGGUCUGUCUCCCCCCCUUCCUCCUGCUGGUCAUGGAUGAGACGGUGAAACCUCUGAGGAUCCCUCCUCAGAUGUCCAUCUACGCAGACAAACACAACAUCUUCCACCUGACGCAGAGCAUGCUGUCCAGUCUGGUGAUCGAUCAGCCUGAAGAUCCGAUCAGUUAUCUGAUCAACCUGCUGCAGAGGAGCAGUGUGGACAUUCCCAGGGUCAUGGUGCUCGGUCCUCCUGCUGUCGGGAAACAAACAGUGGCCAAAAAGCUGAGUGCGGAGCUGAAAGCGGUUCAUGUGACCUUAGAUGGUUUACUGGAGGACCAGUCAGAGCUGAGCGAAGAGGCACGCAAAUACAUGCUCAGAGAGGAGGAGCUUCCUGCUGAUCAGCUGGUCCGUCUGAUUAAGCAGAGACUGGACAAUGUGGACUGCUUUAACCAGGGCUGGCUGUUAGAAGGAAUCCCUCAGACUCGUCUGCAGGCUCUGAGUCUCCAGCAGGCCGGCAUCAUCCCCGAACAUGUUGUGAUGCUGGAUGCUGCAGAUGAUGUGCUGUUGGAGAGGACAGGGAAACUGGUGGACCCAUUAACAGGAGAUGUUUUUCACAAGACUUUCAUCUGGCCGCUUGAAAACAGCUGUCGCUGAGCGUUGGAGGGAGAGCAGAGUCGGUCGGAGAAGCAACGAUUGGCUGAGCUGCAGCGUUACCGCUGUGAGGUCACAGGUCUGAGCUCAGCCUAUCAGCACGUCCUGAAGAUCAUCAACAGUGACCAACCUCAUGCUGACGUCUACCAGCAAGUGUUGGCUUUUGUUCGGACUCGUCGCCGCCCCAGAACUCCCAGGAUCCUCCUGUUGGGUCCGCCAGGGUCAGGGAAGAGUCAUCAGGCCAGGGUGCUGUCAGAGAAAUACAAGAUGGUGGAUGUGUGUUGUGGUCAGCUGUUGAGGUCUGUCGCAGCUGAAGGUUCAGCUAUGGGUGAAAAAAUUAAACCUUACCUGGAUCAAGGAAGACCAGAGCCUACAUCCUUGGUGGUCCAGGUUCUGGAGGAGCGUCUGAGCCAAGGUGACUGCAGCUGCAGGGGCUGGAUCCUUCACGGCUUCCCCAGUGACCUGCAGCAAGCCAAGAGCCAGGAGUCCCGCACCCAGCCCAACAGAGUUUUCCUCCUGGAGUUGACGGCUGAUGUUUGUCUGGAGAGAAUCACUCUCAGAGCCACAGAUCCAGUCAGCGGAGAGAGGUUCCACGCUGUGACGCGACCUGCUCCGAGCUCUGAGGUUCAGGACCGACUGCAGACCAGACCUGAGGACGGCACAGAGACUGUGACACGCAGACUGAGACAGUACAGGAUGAACAUCACAUCCCUGCAGACUUUGUUUCCAGAUGCUAUUCCUAUUGAUGCUGAUCAGGAUCCUCACUCUGUGUUGAGGCUCUGGAGAGCAGACUGACGACUGAAUGAAACCUGGACUCUCCUGACCUGAGAACAGAAGUACUUUAGAGUCUUUGGAACUUUUUUUUUUAUCUCAUUUAAAUCAAAUAUCGUUGUUUGCGUCAGAGCACUAAAUGUUUGGUGUUUCCAUUCGCCUAUUCAGUUUUGAAGAGUCCUCUACAUUUGUAUGUUCACGCUCCUUCUUCAGUGUCCAAUUCUCCACACUCAGCUUCGUUGGAGUUUUUGUGAUGUAAAUUUUAACUUUAGAUGAAGCUCAGUAUUUCAGAAACACAUAUAUCAAUACAAAACUACAGUCUGUGUUCUUUCAGGUCAAUUUCAGGUUUCAGUAAUGGAGUCUGGCAGCUUAUCUUUGAGAGAGAGCGGUGUUAUAAACUGUAUGUUUCUGGUUAAAAAGCAUCCUAUUAAAAUAUUCUCAAGUAUUCCUUCA